ACAUGAACCGCUCUGUUGUUGCUCUCUCUCUCUCGCUCUCUCUCUCGCUCGGGCCACACAUGGACUAAAAGUUAGACAGACAAGCUGAGGAAAGGCGUGGAUGGUUAUUUACCUGCUUCCAUCAGCCACUGCAGAGGGACAUUGAAAAGGGAACCCACAAGCUGUGGGUUGUCAUGGACACCUUUUUCCGCCGGCACUUUAGACUGAAAGGGGCGGAACAAUGCCAAUACAGACGGCCUGGCGUGGCGGUGCCCACAAGCAAGGCUCGCCGGCGCUCCAGUGUAGGACUGCCCUCUGCUGGCCUGGUCCAACGUAGACGCUCUAGUGUGGGACAGCCAUUCACAGGUCCUGUCGGACGCAGAAGGUCCAGUGCAGGCCUGUCGCCGACUUCUCAAUCCCAACGAAGACGUUCCAGUGUUGGCCUGCCGUCAGGCUAUGUGGGCCGUAGAAGCUCCAGUGUGGGCUUGGCCUGCGCUGCUCACCAACAACGCAGGCGCUCCAGCGAGGUGCAGGGGUUACCCCACUGUUAUUAUGGAGGGGGGCAGCUAGUGAGGACCAGAUACUACACCAGGCGUCGCUCCAGCACCACCAUGGCCUGUGUCAAUCCCCGCUUCUCUGUCCGCCGCCGGCAAGCCGCCAAGCUCCGCACCAUUGACACCCAACUGCURGGGCCUUCCAUGCUGCUGGCCAGCCUGGUCCAGAUGAGUGCGGAGCAGCAGAGGGCACCAGUGGCGCAGGGCGGUGAGGGGGCAUCAGAAGAGGGCACUGAGAGCUGCCCCUCCUCCUCGUGCUGCUCCGAGUCGGAGGGGGACAGCUGCAGUCAGAGAGAGUGUAGCACCAGGUCGGAGGGCAGCGGGAGUGAACAAGAGGGGACUGAGGCAUCAUCAUCAUCAUCAUAUCCAGAGGGAGAGAGGACGUCUCCAUGGCAGGACUGGAAUCAGGCUCAUAGUAUGGCAGCCUUGACGAUGGAGAGCAUCCAGUCCCGGCCCCUGAUCCGCGCCCCGCGCUGCCUGCGCCGUAACUCCUCCCACCUGCUGCCGGCGGAGGCGGUGCACCGUAGCAGGGCGGCCUACGGGGUGCACGGGCGCUACCGACGYUCCAGCCAGUUACGGAGGCCUUCCACUAUCUCCAACAGCGCCUGGCAAGGCAGGCUAGUCCCCGCACCCAGCCGCAGGAGCUCUAUAGUGGCCCGCCACUCCUCCCGUUCCCUGUAUAGGAAAUGUUCCGCCUGCUGGAAACCCAGGGGCCGCAGGGAGUCCCUCAACCCCCUGCAGGGCAUCUACUAUGACCCCCGCCUGGAGACUUGGAGUGGAUUUGUAUCGAAGGCCAUUGCUAAAUCGGGUCUACAGCACCUGUCGGCCCAGCCCAGUGCCUCAGCCCUGGCCAAGUUUGACCCAGACAGGGAGAUCCGAAGCAGCUGUGACUGGACCGAGAACGCCCUGUAUGGGGAGCACAUCUGGUUUGAGACCAAUGUCUCUGGGGACUUCUGUUACGUCGGAGAGCAGCACUGCUUCGCCAAGACACUGCAGAAAUCUGUAGCCCGGAAAAAAUGUGCAGCCUGCAAGAUAGUGGUUCACACAAUCUGCAUAGAACAGCUAGAAAAGAUAAACUUCAGGUGUAAACCGUCAUUCAGGGAAUCGGGGUCUAGGAAUAUACGAGAGCCCACCGUAGUGCGGCACCAUUGGGUCCACCGGAGGCGCCAGGAUGGGAAGUGUCGCCAGUGCGGGAAGGGUUUCCAGCAGAAGUUUGCCUUUCAUAGCAAAGAGAUUGUGGCCAUCAGCUGUUCAUGGUGUAAACAGGCAUAUCACAACAAGGUGUCCUGCUUCAUGCUGCAGCAGAUCGAGGAGUCCUGCUCCCUGGGUGCUCAUGCCUCUGUCAUCAUACCCCCUACCUGGAUCCUCCGGGUUCGCAGACCUCAGACCUCGCUAAAGUCGAGCAAAAAGAAAAAACGGACCUCGUUUAAGCGCAAGUCCAGCAAAAAGGGAGUAGAGGAGGCGCGCUGGAAGCCCUUCAUAGUUAGACCCAUUCCCUCUCAGCUCAUGAAGCCGCUGUUGGUGUUUGUCAACCCGAAGAGUGGGGGAAAUCAGGGAGCCAAGAUUAUCCAGUCGUUCAUGUGGUACCUGAACCCUCGCCAAGUAUUUGACCUGAGUCUGGGAGGACCCAAGGAUGGGUUAGAAAUGUACCGUAAGGUGCAUAACCUGAGGAUACUGGCAUGCGGAGGGGAUGGCACGGUGGGUUGGAUCCUGUCUGCUCUGGACCAGCUCCAGCUGAACCCCCAGCCUGCAGUAGCCAUCCUGCCUCUGGGGACAGGCAACGACCUGGCCAGGACCCUCAACUGGGGGGGGGGUUACACAGAUGAGCCGGUGUCUAAGAUCCUGUCUCAUGUAGAGGAUGGGAACGUCGUCCAGCUCGACCGGUGGAAUCUARUAGUGGAGCCCAACCAGGAUGCUGGUGCAGAGGAGAGGGAUGAGCAGCAGACAGACAAGCUCCCCCUCGACGUCUUCAACAACUACUUCAGCCUCGGCUUCGACGCACACGUGACACUAGAAUUCCACGAGUCUCGAGAGGCCAACCCGGAGAAAUUCAACAGCCGCUUYCGGAACAAGAUGUUYUAYGCAGGGACGGCCUUCUCGGACUUCCUCAUGGGCAGCUCCAAAGACCUAGCCAAACACAUCAAGGUCGUGUGCGACGGCACCGACCUCACCUCAAAGGUUCAGGAUCUGAAGCUGCAGUGCCUGGUGUUCCUCAACAUUCCCAGAUACUGUGCUGGUACCAUGCCAUGGGGCAACCCAAGCGAGCACCAUGACUUUGAGCCACAACGGCACGACGACGGCUGCAUUGAAGUUAUCGGCUUCACCAUGACCUCUCUGGCCACGCUGCAGGUCGGAGGUCACGGUGAGCGGCUGAACCAGUGCAGAGAGGUGACCCUCACCACCUACAAGUCCAUCCCCAUGCAGGUAGAUGGGGAGCCGUGCAAGCUAGCCCCCUCCACCAUCCGGAUCUCCCUGAGGAACCAAGCCAACAUGGUGCAGAAGGCCAAGAGGAGGACAUCUAUACCGCUGCUCAACGACCAGCAGCCCUUCCCGGAGAGGUUAAGGAUCCGGGUGAACCGUAUUAGCAUGCACGACUAUGAGGCCCUACAUUAUGACAAGGAGAAACUCAAAGAAGCCUCUAUCCCGCUGGGCCUCAUCGUUGUCCCGGGAGACAGUGACCUGGAAACAUGUCGCUCCCACAUCGAGAGGCUCCAAGAGGAGGAUGAUGGAGCUAAAUCAAAGACCCCUUCCUCGCAGAAGCUUUCGCCAAAGUGGUGCUUCUUGGACUCCACAACUGCAGAUCGUUUUUACAGAAUUGAUCGUGCUCAGGAACACCUAAACUAUGUGACCGAGAUAUCCCAAGACGAGCUCUUCAUCCUGGACCCUGAGCUGGUCGUCACGGAGACGGUGAGCACCUCACCAGGGAUGCCUGAUCUGGUUGAUUCUUCUGGUGAAUUCCCAGAGGCAUCGAGCAAGUUUGCCUUCCCGUCGUCCUCCUCUUCUCCUCCCCCCUCACCGGGACCCAGGUAAGAGAAGCAGCUCUGCCUCUCUUCACUUUCCCCACUCCUCCAGUCAUAACAAUGUGCCCUUUUCUCUCAGCUGAAGGAGCUGCACAAACUGGGAGCUGACCUGUCAGUACAGGACCCCUCAGGAUGCACCCUGCUCCACUAUGCUGUGGACACUGGUAGCAAGGAGACUGUCAAAUACAUCCUGGACAAUGCACCCACAGAUAUCCUGGAUGUAACAGAAAAAGAAAAUGGGGAGACGGUGUUGCACAAAGCAGCGUCACUGUGUCAGAGGACUAUCUGUCACUACCUGGUAGAGGCAGGGGCAUCCCUCAUGAAGACAGAUUUACAGGGUGACACACCAAAGCAUCGUGCAGAGAAGGCCAAGGAUGCAGAGCUGGCUGCCUACCUGGAGAACCGGCAGCACUACCAGAUGAUCCAGAGAGAGGACCAGGAGACAGCUGUGUGACCUCCCUCUGCUCCCUGACCUCCAGCACCACUUCCCUAUCACCUAACCCUUGUGCCAAAACUACUUUAGCUAAAAGAGGAAACUCACCAGAGAAGAUGGUUCAAAGAUAGCCAGUGUUGUAUUCUCCUGCUAGGGAGUUGGUUGGAAUCCUACCAGAUGAGAGACUCUUAAGGUCCACCAUGUGAGAUGCUCGUGACCAGUGGACUUGAUUAUUGCACUGCCAAAAAAAAGCUGUUUUGUGUCGGAACGCUUGGAAGAGAUGGCUCAUCUGUUACAUUUUUCCCCCAGGUUGUGUUGCACUUGCGAUCCACCUAGACUGAAUGUUGAAUUUUGCUCCAAGGUUUUAGGACAGGAGCUUGGGUAAUUGAAUGUCUAGGUAAUUGAAUUGUUAUACUGUCCGAUGGAGCUGUAUCGCUCUGUGUCUAUAAAAGCAGCAUGAGCGUUUCAACUGUACGGAUCACAACGACUCAGUAGAUUUCGAAAGAGUAUGAACACUCUGAUCUGUAGGCCAGCUGUCUUUAAGGCUACCAAAAAUGACAUUCUUUUGAUUAGGUUUUUAUUUGUUUGUUGUACAUUAUUAUAAUUUGUUGACUGAUUUUGUCCACCCAUAAUGAAGUGUGAUGGUAUCAAACUAUCCACAAAAGUGGGGAAUUUUACACGUAAUACUUUUCUCAUCACCAAACAAUUUCAACUGAGUAAAUCAAUAUUGUUCUACUUUAUGAUCACUUGGCAAAUUUUUAUUUUAUUUCUUAGUUUUAAUAAGGAUAUUUGGUACUGUACACUUAUCGUAGUAGCUCUGUGUUCAAGCAGUUUAUGCACUGCAGCUCCAAUUGCCUUGAUUUUCUUAUUUUGUUGGCUGAUUAGUUUGUAUUUAAUGUACUUAAUUAAGUCAUGGUGUAUUUUUAUUGCAUUUUUAAGCAGAUUGAUGUUUAUAUAAUUUGUACAUACUAUAAAUUUAAAAUGUUUUGUGUGUGGUCAUUAUUUACUAUAAAAAUUUGCAUUUGAUAUGUAUUAGUUUCAGAACUACAAAGCAUUUCUUCUCUCAUAUUGUUACAGAAGUCAAAGGCGUAUUUAUUCACCUCAACAUUUUUUACAGAUCCUUAACAUGCAGUCAAAUUAUGUUCAGCAACUCAAAAAUGUUCUGAAGGUUUGAGUUGUAAAUUUACAGGUUGGAUUUUGUUUUUUUUUACAUACAAAAAUAAUAAUUUGUCUUCAUACAAACCAAUAAUUUGUGGUUGCUAUUUAUUUUCCAUAGUUAUAAUCUGUUAAAAUAUGACUGGCCAUUUAAACCAGCAAUAUAAUUCAACUUAAGUUAUAAAGACAUGUGAUUAAUUUAAAUGGUGUACAUGCUAUAUUGUGUAGAGAGUGAUGGGAAGGAAUUGGUCUCAUUCCAAAGCUAUCCUACAGUAUAACUAGUUUAAUGUAGCACCACAGUAACUGUGGAUCUACUGUAUUUUGAAAUGAGUUAUUUCUCUGGAUGUUUUGUCUUAUUAUUUAAUCACUAAACAUCCUUGUAAGACAUACUUGUAAACACAUUAACAAGGUACACUUUCAUAUACACAUUUUUACUUGAUUGUGUUUGUUGUCAGAAGUUUAUAGUUUUGACCUUCAAACAAACCAUAAUGCCAACUAAGAUGCAUUUCAUUGUAAAUAAUUGCUGUUCUCUAUUAUGGCCAGAUACAUUAAUAAAUGUAGCACUGAAUCAGUUUCUGUGACAGGAAAUAUGUUGUCAAUGAAAGGCCUUGAGUGUUUCUAAUGCCAGACUGAAAAUAACGUGCUUUUGAUUUGAUURUGAAAAGUCAGUAAUUACGCCUCGUACAUAAUCAUAUGUUCUCACUGAAUAUUUUGGGGGUCCACAUUUUUUUUAAAUUACAUUUUAAACAAUAGAAAACAUCCACAUACAAACGACAACAUACAGACGCACACAAACAUCCACAACAUCACGCCUGCCCAGACCAACCUGCUCACACCCCCAGCUCCAGUGCCCGCAUCACUUUCCGCCACAUAGCCUCAAACUGCACCAUUUUGUUUCAUGGUCACACUGAUUGUCAGCAUUUUCAAUAAUGAAGACAGUAGGCCCCCUUUUAGUUGACUUCACUAUAGUUGAAAUAUCAUGUUAGCCUUGACGCUGAGAAGACUAGAUGUCAUUUGAGGCAUUUAAGAUUAUACUGCAUUCUGAAAGAGGUGCAUAUUUGAAUAGGUAUUGUAACAUAUAUCCUCCUGUUCAGAGACUGACAUGGAGAUGUAGGAAAUGCCUUUGCAUUUGUAUAAUUUGGAUGUAUAUUAACAUUCCYUCAUCAGUCUACACACAAUGCACUAUAAUGACAGCAAAAACAGGGGUUUAGACAUUUUUGC